GCUAUGAACCUCUCCUUCAGCUUCACUGUUACUGGGAAUCAGGUGGAGCCAUGGGACCCAGCCAACCUGUCUUUGUUGGGACAGCUGAACAGGAGCCAGGGCCUGGGCUGGGAAGAGCUACAGAAGCUGCUUUUCCUGUUUGAUGAAGAUCCAGUCAUCAUCAGCCUCACCAUCAUGUACCUGGUAUCAUUCUUGGUUGGGUUGGUCAGCAAUGUCAUGUCACUCCGGAUGCUGACCCGGAAGCGGGGCAGCCACAUGCCCAGCCUGAAUGCCACCCGGAGCCUCCUGAUCAACUUGUCCAUCUGUGACCUCAUGGUGGUCUGCAUCUGCAUGCCCAUCACCACAGGGAACUUGAUAUACAAAGCAUGGGUCUAUGGAGACUUUCUUUGCAGAGCAGUGCCAUUCAUCCAGGCAGUAUCAGUCUCAGCCAGUGUCCUCAGCCUCACGGUGAUCAGCUUGAACCGCUAUUACAGCGUGCACAACCCCCUCAAAGCCAGGUCCUUCUUCACUCGGAGGAAGAUUCUGAGCACCAUCCUGAUCAUUUGGGUUUUGUCUUCUGGCAUCUGCACGCCUCUUAUAUUUAUGAACAAACGAGAUGAGAUUGGCGUGGGGUCUGAUCUUCUGCUGGUAUUCCCCAUUUGCCGGGAAAUGUGGCCCCAGGAGAAACUCAAACAAACCUACAAUUUCUUCCUCUUCUGUGCUCUCUACUGCUUGCCGGUCUCAUUCAACAUGGUCAUCUGCUGCUUGACUGUACAUCGGCUCUGGAGCCCCACCGGGACCCUGAGAGACUGCGGGGCCUUGAAGCCAACCUUGCUGGCUUCCAGGCUGAAGAUCCGCCGGAAGGUGGCUCAAAUGGUGGUUGCCUUGGUCCUGCUCUUUGCCAUUUCCUGGCUGCCCAUUUACCUGAUGGACAUCUGGAUAGAGUUCAACAGCCCCAAGUCCUUGCGGGAUGAAGACCCAUCUCCUUUGGUCCUGCAACUGCGGGCUUUUUCUCAAUGGCUCAGCCUCACCAACUCCAGCUUCAACCCCAUCUGCUACUGCUUCAUUGGUAACCUCUCCCGAUCAGCUAAGGAAAUGAGGAGCAGAUACCAAAAGAAGAUGGCUCCUCUUCUCAGCUUCUCCCACUCAGAAAAGAGCUUGCCAUCUUUGGCUCCUGAGCUGAGGUUUAUGGGCUCAGCUCAUAAAGAGCCUGACCUUGUAACAAGGAGAGAAAGGCAACCAAACAGCAACAGCUGCACAAGUCUUGUCUAA